AACAUCAUCGCAAAAACACAACUGCUACCUUACCAAUUUCCACCUUUUUCGUGAGCCAGGCAACUCGGUUGUAAGGUUGCAUGAGCAUAGCUACCCGCCGGACUGGGCUCACAGGUACGUCACAGCUACAGCGCGCUUUCCUGCGAGUACAAUUUCCCCUUGUUAGGUUGGGCGCAAGAAAUUCAUCAUGCCGUACCCGGGUCCUCCAGGUGUUGCGAAGCCAUCGAAUUCACCACUCCCGCCACGCCCGCCCGUCAGCAAACUUUCCGGCUUCAAACCCGCUUUUUCGCCGGCUCCGGUAGCUCCCGCAGCAGUCUCAGCCCCGGGCUACACAGCGCCCACUCCGUCGUACCCCGGGUACGGGCCCUUCCCAACACCCGUCAGCUAUGGCGCCCCUCCUACUGCGUCGCCCUACGUGGGUAAACCUUCAGCACCCGCCGUAGGUGCUGGCAGUGGGGCCUAUGGCCAAGGAGCUUCGUACAACAACUACACACUACAACAAUACCCGCAACAAACGCCCUACUACAGCGCCCCGGUCACAGGCAGCUAUUCAACACCACCUCAAAUCCGAAACCCCUUUCCAGCCCCCAGCACCGGGGUGGCUGUCAGCUACGACCCAGACGAGGCGGCGCAGAUAGCCCAGUGGCAGAGCGCAUACAUGCCAAAAGACCUAAACGAUCCGGCCAACAACAAAGCAGCCAUGACCAGUGGCCGCGCAGGCACAGGCACCCCGGUUGGCGCCUCACAAGCCGGCACCACCGCAGAGGCAGCCGACGCCAGCGCGGCAGCCGUUGACGCCAGCGGAAAGAAAAAGACGGUUUACCGCGAAGGCGGCGGCAAGAAGUGGCAAGACGAUUCGCUACUCGAGUGGGACCCCUCGCACCUGCGCCUGUUCGUCGGCAACCUGGCGGGCGAGACGACCGACGACUCCCUCCUCAAGGCUUUCUCGCGCUGGAAGAGCGUGCAAAAGGCCAAGGUCGUCCGCGACAAACGCACGACCAAGAGCAAAGGGUUCGGCUUCGUCAGCUUUAGCGACCCGGAGGAUUUCUUUCAGGCGGCUAAGGCGAUGAACGGCAAGUACAUCCAGAGCCAUCCCGUGGUCGUGCGCAAGGCCAAGACGGAGAUCAAACCGGCUGUGGUCAACGAAGACCGCAAGGGCAAGAACAACAAGAAGAGCGGGGGGAACAAGAGCGGCAGUGGCAUGGGCGCGGGGACGGAUGGUGCGGGGGCGUACGAGCCGCAUCUGGGUCCGAUGGCAGGCGCCGGCAUCACCAAGCCGGGUCAAAAGAUGAAGGGCGGUUUGAAGUUGCUUGGCUGAGUGAGGCCGAUGUGUUUAGCGCUUUCAAUGGCUCUCAGGCUGAGUGGAGCGUAUUGGGUUUGGGACUCGAGAACCCUCGUCUACCACCGCGCACUGCAAUGUCCCUUGAGAUAGUUGGGCCAUCGGCGCGGCCAUGCAAGUCGGACAGACCGCCUAUGCGGCAGUCGCUGCGAUGCCGAGCAUUGAUAUGGCAUUGCAAAGAGUUAUGUCAGGACAAGAUAAGCAAGUUUAGAUUCUAUCAU